AUGGCGGACAUGGAGGACAAUCCUCUCUUCGGAGUCAGCCUUUCCAGCAUCGCCUCUUCCUCCUCCGAUUCCUCCUCUCUGAGCGAUGAUGUUCCUCCUGUGGAACCGCCCUCCACUACCGUCCUCCAAACCGUGAACAUCAAGUCUCAUGUUCCGUUCUGCGACAACGAACUUCACCGUGCUGUGUACCUCGAGGCGGAAUUCCGGAACCUUGUCCAAGGCGACAUGACCAUUACUCAGUAUACCGGCAAACUGAAGCAUCUCGCCGACGCCCUCCGCGAUGUUGGCCAGCCUGUGCACGAGACCAGUCAGGUCUUGAACAUGCUUCGUGGCCUAAGCUCCAAGUAUCGUCACAUCGUGCCGGUGAUCGCGGCGAAACAACCACCGCACACGUUUCUAUCGGCGCGUUCUUAUCUGCUUUUGGAGGAGCAGUAUGACAAGGAGCAGGCCAAGACAGCUGCGCAUCAAGCUCUUCUCACCACUGGCGGCCCUCGUCUACCAGUUCCUGCCGCUGCCGAUGGCGGUUCUGGUUCUGGGACUGGUGCACAAUCUCCAGCUCCGCACCCCUCGGCGGUUCCAGCUCGUACUGAUGGGAAGCGGGGACGUGGUCGUGGUUGUGGCCGCGGCGAUUACCAGCACUAG